GAGAGAGACAGAGAGAAAGGAGCAAGCUUUAAGCCAGAGAGAGAUAGAGACUGAGAAUUAAAGAUUAGAUUUUUUUUUUAUCAAACCCUAACCCUAAAUUUUACUUUAUAUAUCUUUUCCAUAAAUGUCCUCCUACUCCCCAAAGUCACCAUCUUUGAAGAAGAAGAAGAGGCCAAGAACUCAUAGCCUCCCAGACCAAGUUCUCAAGCAUGUUAUCUUCAAGAUGCAUCUUCACAACGACCCCCCUCCUUCUUCCACUGCACCCACUACUCCUCUCUCCGCCGCUUUCCGGGCCCUCACCCUAGACCCGACCCGACCCGAUUUCACCUCCCUGCUCUCGGACGAGCUCCUGCUCCUGAUCUUCGCCAAGCUCCCGGAGUCGCAGUACCUCCUCAACUCCCUCGUCUGCCGGCGGUGGCUGUACCUGCACGGCAGGCUGGUGCGGUCGCUGAAGGUGCUGGAUUGGGGGUUUCUGGACUCGGGUCGGGUCUUCGCCCGGUUCCCGAAUCUGGCUGAGGCGGACAUUGUUCAUUCCUGCAUUCGGUCGCCGAGGAGUUCGGGGAUUAUCGUGACGAGGAGGGGUUUGUCGGUGCAUGUGGACUCGCUGUUCAGUUCGGGCGGUGGGUUUAUUGAAGAAAUGGAUGUGUUGAAGCAGAGUGUGGUGGACGAUGGGCUGAGGCUGAUUGCGAAUUCGUACCCGAAUCUGCGGCGGAUUGCGGUGAUUGGUGCCGGGGUUGAUGGGCUGUUGAGCGUUGCGGAGGAGUGUCAGACGCUGCAGGAGCUGGAGCUGCAUUGCUGUGGGGACUUGGCGCUGAAGGGGAUUAGUGGGUUUAGGAACUUGCAGAUUGUGAAGUUGAUUGGGUGCGUGGACGGGUUUUACAGCGCGCAGAUUUCGGAUAUCGGGUUGACUAUUUUGGCUCAGGGGUGCAGGAGGUUGGUGAAGCUUGAGCUUUGUGGGUGUGAAGGGAGCUAUGAUGGGAUUAAGGCGAUUGGGCAGUGUUGCCAGAUGCUUGAGGAGCUGACUCUCAGUGAUCAUAGGAUGGAUGGAGGGUGGUUGGCGGCGUUGCAGUUUUGUGGGAAUUUGAAGACUCUGAGGCUUGAGUCUUGCCAGAAUAUUGAUUCGAGCCCGGGACCGGAUGAGUACUUGGGGUCUUGUGGAACAAUUGAGGAGUUGCAUUUGCUGCGGUGUCAAGUGCGAGAUAAGGAUGGAAUGAAGGCAUUGUUCUCUGUUUGUGAAGCUGUGAAAGAGCUUGCUCUGCAGGAUUGUUGGGGUUUGGUGGAUGAAGUAUUUGGCUUUGCCAAUAUUUGUAGGAGAGUGAAGCUGAUCUCCUUGGAAGGAUGCUCACUGUUGACAACAGGAGGUCUGGAGUCAGUACUCCUUUGUUGGAAAGAGCUUCAAGAGCUUAGAGUAGUAUCAUGUAACAAUAUAUCAGACAGUGACAUUACUCCUGCAUUGGCAUCCUUAUUUUCUGUUCUUAAAGAGUUGACAUGGCGACCAAAUUCCAGGGCUCUCUUGUCAUCAAGUCUUGCUGGGACUGGAGUGGGAAUGAAAGGUGGUAGGUUUUUCAAGAGACUAAAGCCUUGACUUCGCUGCUUGUUGAUGGUCCAGAUAAUUUAACCGUCAGGUGUUCAAUGUUGGUCCAUACACUAAAUAGGUAGAUUGUAAAUGAUCAUAUCUUAUUUAGAUGUCGGCAUUGGGGUGAGUGAGGGUAAUUUUUUUCUCGCUUACAACUAGCUGCCGAAGGGAGAUUGUCAUUGGAAUGACAUUCUAGGCUUCUCCUGUUCCCACUUGUGUUUUGAGAACCUACCUGUUUGUCCGAAAUCAGCAGCAAGUUGUCAAUGUGGUUGAAGCUAGCCUCUGUUUGUCUAAUAUUCAGUGAGUUUACACGGGCUAAUUUUGUCAUAUUAAUUAGUCGCUAGGAGUUAGAAUAAGCUAAAUCAUGAGUACAGUUUAUUUUAUAUUGUUGAUCUAUGACAUGUACUGGGAAUGAAGUUCUUUAUCACAAAAUGUAAUACAUAUUAUCUGCAAAUGUUUGAGCUCA